AUGCAGUCGCUCACUUUGCGUUUGUUUCCUCCCGUGGAUUGGUUGGCCGAGAUGAGUUCCUACUGUGGUGCCUAUGGUUCGUAUGUCCCGACUUCGGGUGGUCGUCUGUUGGCCAAGUCCACCUACGUUCCUCAACUUGCAGUCAGUCGAGAUUUGAAUAGUGAGGAUGAUGAGAUCACCGAGCCCACUUUGUCCACCGAGAAGGUGGACAAGAUUAACGUUGCUGGUGAUGUGGUAAGAUGACUUAAAUUUACAUAAUAUUAUAUUUUAGGCCCCGAAGAAGGCAGUGAAGGCCGCUCUGCCCCGCAAGGCCCCUCUGCCCACUCCCAAGGCCGCUCCAUUCCAAAGCAAGGAUGGUUUCGUCUACUCCAUGUAUGCUGAUGCCGCAUUUGGCGAUCGUGAUGCCUUCACUGUCGCGUCCGAAGAAGAUGUCGUCACUCCAAAGGCCGACGACUCGGCUUACAUCCAAGAGCAACAGCGCUUGGAAGCCGAAGCCGAAUCCAUUCGUCAGCACUACGAGGAGAUCCAGCAGCGUUUGGCUGAGCUCGGGAUUCGUCGCGGUUCGGUGCCAAACAAAGGAAAGAAGGUCGGAUUCCAGCCAAGCAUCGAGAAUUUGAGUGUCAAGUCAGUUGGUGAUGUGGAGAGUCAUUACAAAUUCGAGGAGACCAAUCAGAAGGUGGAGCAAGAGUUGUGCCAAAAGGGAUACGGAAACUACGGUGAUGCUGUGAGUUCGAAUCGAUUUUUUGAGAUUGAAUAAAGCCCGUAUAUUGAAUAAAAAUUAUUUCAGGAGUCUUUGUACUACGGUAUCCCCAACACCGAGUUUCACGCCUAUUCCAAACCGGCUGACUAUGAUUUCAAUCCCAAAUUCGCUUCCCAAGCCGUUGCCGAGCCAGUCCAGUCCGUCGAAGAUGUCCAAGAUUACAGCCAGAAGACCGAAAAGUCGACGGACGCGGCCUUCAGCCAAUAUCAUCUCCCUUCUCUCCGUGACCAGGACUAUGCCUAA